AUCGAAUAGGCAAAUGCCAUUAUUGAAUAUGAAGACGAUAAUUGAUGCAGUACUGUGCCUAUUAAAUUGUAUUUUCGUAAACAAUCAAUUCGGAUCACCACAUUCUAAAGUUAUCAUUGUAAUGGCAUCGCUACCGGAGAUCAACCAGCAGCAACACAUCACUGCUGUUAAGGCAGAGCAAUGUUUAUCCGAUAAGACAUUGUCAGUUUCGCCUGGUGUUGUCGUAAAUGAUGAAAGUCUUCCUCAAACCGGAGACUCGUCGUUUAACCUUGAACGUGAUAAUGACAACAGUGACGAUAAACAUGAUGACACGAACACCCGGUUGGGGAUCGAAGAUGCGUCACCGAACGAAGAAAAAGAGAUUUGCGUAAAGGUGGAGCCAUCUGGAUACGAUAUUUACCGAGACAUAACCGAUGAACAAAGAGACGCAGCUCGCAAAAACAAUGAAUGUUUCAUUUGCAAAAAGCGAUUCUCUCGGUUCUCAACGUUCAAAAGACACAUGAAGCGACACACGGGUGUGAAAAACUACAAGUGCCACAUUUGUCAUAAAGCUUUCGCCGAAGGAAGUUAUUUGAAGGCCCACUUAAUCACUCACAGCGGUGCUACACCAUACGGUUGUAAAAUAUGUCUGAAACGGUUCACACAGUCUUCGAGCUUGCACAGCCAUAUGAAAAUUCACACAGGUGAAAAACGGUACAAAUGCGAGGUGUGUGCUAAGGCCUUUACGGAAUCAUCAACCCUGCGGAAGCAUAUGCUCGUACACAAUCCCAAUCCUCCGCAAUUCCAGUGCGAUGAAUGUAGUCGCACAUUCAAUCGUAAAAUUAACUUGAACGAACACAUGAAGACCCAUUAUCGCAACAAGGGUGAACCGCUGGACGGAGACGACCUUCACGAGUGUAUGGUUUGCUUGAAAGUCAUCCGCAAUGCGUCGAAUUUCAAGAAGCACAUGAAGAUUCAUACAGGCGAAAAAAUGUACUCCUGUACCCUGUGCGAUGCUAGAUUCAAUCAGUCCAAUAGUCUGCGAGCACACAUGUCGAAUCACACGGGCCAGAAGGACUUUCAAUGUCCCGUUUGUCAGAAGGAAUUCAGUCUGUCCUAUAACAUGAAGAAACACAUGCGGAUACACAGUGGCGAGAAAAGAUUUGUCUGUGAGGUAUGCGAACGUGCCUUCACCGACUCUUCGACUCUGCGGAAGCAUCGUUACACACAUACAACGGAAAAGAAUUUUCUGUGCGACAUUUGCUCCAAGGCAUUUUCCCAACAGACCAGCCUUCAAUUACAUCUUCGAAUUCAUUCAGGCGAUAAACCGCACGUCUGCAAAGUGUGUUCGAAGAGUUUUCACGAAAGUUCGUCGUUGUCCAAACACAUGAAUCUUCAUCUACCGGAGAAGCCUUUUCAAUGCGAAAUUUGUUCGAAGAAAUUCUCGCAAAAGUACAGCCUUAAGAAGCACAUGCGCACCCACGAAGAUAAUCGUUCCGUGCAAUGCGAAUUCUGUCCGAAGACAUUUAUGGAUGCGGCCACACUGAAAAAACAUCAGCUGACGCAUUUGGUCGGCAAAGAGUAUUCCUGCGACAUUUGUCCGAAAAAGUUUACCACCCAGAGCGGUCUGAAGACGCACUUAACGAUCCACAAUGGUGAAAAGAAGUACCAGUGCCAGGACUGUUUGAAGAAAUUCACAUUAGCCGGCAACUUAAAGACUCAUAUCGCCAAAAUGCAUUCGACCGAUCGACCGCGAUACGAAUGCGAAAAUUGUCCGAAAUAUUUCGUCAGCCAGGAGAAACUGGAUGUCCAUCAACAGUCAAUGCAUUGCGGCGAAAAGAAAUUAUUUCCCUGCGAGAUUUGCCACAAAACGUUCACGCUGAUGGGCAAUUUGAAGAAGCACAUGAAAUUGCAUGAUAUUGAAAUAUUGGAGACGUUGGAGAUCAAGCCGGAAAUACAGGACGAUGGAGCUGAGGAAUUGGCAGCGAAUUUGUCGGCGAAUAUAAUGAACAUUACGCAAGUGAUUAACAUCAUACCUUCGACGCUGUAUCAACAAUUGGAUUUGAAUAAUGUCCAAUUUUUACGAUGAGAGGAAGAAAAACGUUUUCCCCAUUUUCCACCAAUAAUACUUAGGUUAAUACGAUGCGGAAAUAAAUAUAUCAAAAUGUUGAUUGAGU